CUCGGGGCCACGCGCCUGCGCGAGCGGGGUCGCGCGGCGGGCUGGGCGUCUCCUCGUGGGGCCGGGCGCGCGGCGCCAGGUUUAGUGUGAGUGGGGGCGUGGAGGGGGCACAACAGAGAGGAAAGGUAAGGCCUUGAGGUGCCGGGCAUCCCCGAAGCUGUGGAACACCCCCCCAGCAGCAUGUCCGGCCCUGUUUGCUUCCCAGAAUUGCUUUUGGAAAGCCAGCCCUGCCUGCGGAAUCGCCUGCUGGGGCUGAAGUCAGGCAGAUGGAAGCGAGCCUGUGUCUGAACGCCUUGGCCUGGCGCCUGUCAGACGAUGCUGGCUGCUCUGUGAGUCGGUGGUUGGGAUACAGACCUCUCCAGGCCACGUCGGGUCACUCCCUCUCAUUUUUCACAAAGCACGAAGCUCACGGAGAAUCACAGCAUGAAAUAAAAACCUCUGGUGUAUUUUAACCCACAUCCGAGGAGGCUGAAUCUUGUGUUUGUAACGUCAGCACAAACAGGAGCAGGGCUCACUUCCCUUGCGCCGCCGGUCCCCCUUAGCUCGGAAUCCCGUCCCUUUCCAGGACAGUUUUGAUCAGCCUGCUCCAGUUGUGACUCCCACGUGGAGGGACAGAGCCGGGGAAUCAACCAGGGACGACUCAUUACCGUCCUUUUGGAUUCUUCUAGAAGGUUUUAAACUAUAACAUCACGUUGUCUUAUCCCAACACCUGAAAGGAACAGUCAUUUAAAAAGGAAAUCUGAAUUACGCCCUCACUGGUGGUCGUUCUUCUCAGCACUAAAAAUUGUUACCUCAACCAUGCUGGUGUGAUCCGGCUCCCCCUGGAGAGCAGAGCCUGAAAUCUGAGGAGAAAUAAGCACUUUUUUGGAGACAGAGGAUAACUAGAGAAACUGGAUGGCUUCUACGGUGAGCCUGGGUAAAGAGACAUUGUUGGAAGAUGGAAUGCCACCUGCCAAAAAGCCCAGGAAGCUGUUGCCAAGCCUCAAAACCAAGAAGCCUCGGGAACUUGUGCUGGUGAUUGGGACGGGAAUCAGCGCGGCGGUUGCUCCCCAGGUCCCAGCACUGAAGUCUUGGAAAGGGUUAAUCCAGGCCCUCCUGGACGCUGCUAUUGACUUUGAUCUCCUGGAAGAUGAAGAGAGCAAACGUUUUCAAAAGUGUCUCCAUGAAGACAAGAACUUGGUUCAUGUUGCCCAUGACCUUAUCCAGAAGCUGUCUCCGCGCACAAGCAACGUCCGUUCCACCUUUUUCAAAGACUGUUUGUACGAGGUGUUUGAUGACCUGGAAUCAAAGAUGGAAGAUUCUGGGAAGCAGCUGCUGCAGUCUGUGCUUCACUUGAUGGAAAAUGGGGCACUGGUGCUAACCACAAACUUUGAUAACCUGCUGGAACUGUACGCAGCACAUCAGGGGAAGCAUCUGGAGUCUCUUGACCUGACGGAUGAAAAGAAGGUGCUGGAGUGGGCACAGGAGAAGAGGAAGCUGAGUGUCCUGCACAUCCAUGGCGUGUACACCAACCCCAGUGGCAUCGUGCUGCACCCGGCUGGCUACCAGAACGUGCUGCGCAACACCGAGGUCAUGCGAGAGAUUCAGAAGUUGUAUGAGAAUAAGUCAUUCCUGUUCUUGGGCUGUGGUUGGACUGUUGAUGACACCACGUUUCAGGCCCUGUUUUUAGAGGCUGUGAAGCACAAGUCAGACCUGGAGCACUUCAUGCUGGUGAGGAGGGGAGACGUGGACGAGUUCAAGAAGCUCCGGGAGAACAUGCUGGACAAAGGGAUUAAAGUCAUUUCCUAUGGAGACGAAUAUGCCGACCUGCCUGAGUACUUCGAGAGGCUGGCGAGUGAGAUCACCACGCGGGGCCCCACAGGUGUGCCCAAGGAAGGACAGCAGCUGAAUGGCUCCGCUGCUGAGAUCAAAGGUGAGACCCUCCCCAGCUGAGAGGUUUCACCUUUUCCCGAACCGCCAGGAGCUCCGUGGAUUCCCCGGCAGGUUUGCAGAGCCUUUCCGUUCCCCCAGGAGGCAGCACUUGAGCACCGGCCUCUUCCAGAAGCUGUGCCCACACCAGGGGAACUCCCAGAGCUCCCACUCCAGGGCAGAGCUGACGCUUCCAGCCAUGGGGACACCUCAGGCACCAGCUGGAGCCUCCUCAGAUGGACGGACAGACAAGAUGGCUGGUUUUAUGUUGGCCUUGUUCAUGCACCCUGAGGGAGCUGCAGCCUCUAAUUUCAUACUUAGUGCUUUUGUAUUCUGUACUUUCCAUUAAAAAAAAUUGAAACUUGAGCUUUUUUUUUUUAACUUAAAGCUCUAGUUUUCUAGUCCUGUCUUUCUACUGUACAGUCUUUUGUAUGUCACAGCUUGGAUUAAAGGCCUGUUCACUCCA